AUGGCAAGCGUGGAAACUCUUGACUAUUGAAAAGCUCGGCUUGCUUGAGGGCGGAGUACCGCGUUUACCUACGCCUUAGUAAGGGCGGAAGUAGAUGCCCUAGCGGAAGUGGCUUCUGUAAGGGCGGAAAGCAGAGUGGCCCGGUUACGAGCUGGGGUUCUAUCCCCGCUGGGCUGCCGCCCCAGCUGGACGGCGGGUAUGGAACUCAGCGCCGAAUACCUUCGGGAGAAGCUGCAGCGGGACCUGGAGGCGGAGCACGUGGAGGUGGAGGACACGACCCCCAACCGUUGCGCGUCCAGCUUCCGAGUCCUGGUGGUGUCCGCCAAGUUUGAGGGGAAGCCGCUGCUUCAGAGACACCGGCUGGUGAACACGUGCCUAGUGGAAGAGCUCCCGCACAUCCAUGCUUUUGAGCAGAAAACUCUGACCCCAGAGCAAUGGGCCCGUGAGCAGCAGAAAUGAGGGACCAGGACCUGCACAGCCAUUAAAUUAUAAAUCAGGACCA